AUGAACAGUGAAGACAGGGCAAAGACCCUCCACCUCGAAGGCGGAGAUGGGCAUGUGGCAGUGGCAUCCGCAGGCCACCAGGGCGAGCUGUUGGCCAAGAAGAUGAAGGACGAGGGGCCCCUUGAAGAAGACGCCAGUGAAGACAGGGCAAAGACCCUCCACCUCGAAGGCGGAGAUGGGCAUGUGGCAGUGGCAUCCGCAGGCCACCAGGACGAGCUGUUGGCCAAAAAGAGGGAGGACGAAGGCGCCCGGCCAGACAGUGAGAACGGCAAUGCAAAGAAGGCGCCACCUGCUGACAACAAAAAGGCAGCAGAGAAAGUAGACAGUAAGGAAGAACCAGAAAAUAAAAAGCUGAAAGGGGGAGUGGACAAGAUGGAGGAAGAAGAAGCUAAAGAACAUGCUCCACAAGAAGUACCUGGAGAAAUGCAGGAAAAUUAUGAAGACAUUUGGAGAAGCGCUGAAGAAGAAUCAAAUGAUGGAAAAGCUCAAGAAAUUGAGAAAGGAGAAGAAGCCCUUGAAGUUAAAGAAGAUGAAGAUGAAGAAAAAAGCAAAGAGACUCAAGAAAUUGAGAAUGAAGAAAUGGCAGAAAGAAUUCCAGGAAAUGCUAAGGACAAGGAAAAAGUCAAAGAACCUCAAGAAGUUGAGAAAAAAGAAGAAACCCUUGGAGAGAAAGAAAAGGAUGAAGAGGAAAAAUAAGUUUAUGAUGAAGAAGUUUACGUUGAAGAAGUAUACAUUGAAGAAGAAGUUUAUGUUGAUGAUGAUGAAGAUUAUGAUGAGGAUAA